GUUGCUUCUGUUAUUGAGCUUCAUGAUUCAAUAGCUGAAGCGCCUGGGUGUUCCCUUUGCCUGUUUCUCGCUCACCUAUACAGUUUUGUACACAAGCGCUCCCAGCAUGAAUGUCUCUCCGCAUCUCCACUUUCUAAAUCUGGCUAUCCGGGUGUUUUCUCUCCAGCUAUUUGUGCUCGUUCCUCAAUAUCUUUGCUUUUGUCUCCCUUCCAUCGGCUACCCUGGCUUUCGCUUUUGCCUAUACUUGGACGGCUUCUUCCGUUCUACUUCCACACUCGUGGCGAGUCUCAUUCUAUGAAUAUCUCGUCAUACCAAGUACGCUGGUGGUUCCUGACAUGUAACGUACGUGCGGAUAAAUUGCUCAUGUGAACGCGCUUCUCGGUUUAUGAGGCUCCAGCCGACGAAACGAUGCACCGCCCUGUCAUUCACUUGAACAGGCAAUGCUCUCGGUAUACGGCGAGGACAGUCAGCAAUGUGACUCACUGG